GAUUUGAACCUUUCUUGCAGUUUCCCGCCACUGCCGUGUGUCCUGAAGCAUUUCAUCACCGUUAAUUUUUCAAAGUCCUCUUCUGUAUGAAUGUGGGACAAAAUGGAGACCCCGACGAUAGUGUACGAUCUGGAUACCUCUGGGGGCUUAAUGGAGCAAAUCCAAACCCUGCUGGCGCCUCCCAAGUCCGAAGACGUGGAGAAGAGGAGCCGGAAGUUGGUGCGAGACGUCCGGAGGAGCGGCAGAGCCACCAACCAUGACACCUGCGACAGCUGCCGGGAGGGGGGCGACCUGCUGUGCUGCGACCACUGCCCCGCCGCCUUCCACCUGCAGUGCUGCAACCCACCUCUGAGUGAGGAAAUGCUUCCCCCCGGAGAGUGGAUGUGUCAUCGCUGUAACGUUCGAAAGAAGAAGCGGGAACAGAAGAACGAGCAGACGAAUGGCCUUCCAGAGCGCUCCUCGUCCAAGCGCUCUGCAUCUCCUGCCAUGGAGCUGGAGCUCAGCGCCGGCCCAUUACGGCUCGACGGUCUGCCUCCGGGUGCCGGGGCGGCAGGUCCAGGUCUGAGAGUGGCGCAGGUCCGUCUUCUUGAGCGCAGGACCAGCAGCAGGCCGAGUAGCCGUCCUGGGACUCCGACGUCCAACACCUCAUCCACGCCGACUCCCUCGGAGGAGCAGAACGAUGGAGAGGAGGAGGUAGCAGAGCCAGAGGACGAUGUUCCAGGUGCUGAACCUGAGUGUGCAACAUCAUCCGCUCCGAUGCCACGCCUCCUCAAGAGGCCCUUUCAGCUCCUCAUAGCUGCAGCCAUGGAGAGAAACCCCACGCAGUUUCAGCUGCCCACCGAGCUCACCUGCACCACCGCACUGCCAGGCAGCAGUAAACGAAGGAGAAAAGAAGAGCUGCUGGGGAAGCCGUUCAGGAGGCCUCAACACGAACUGGACCCUAACGGCCUCGUCCCUCUUCCUGUUAAAGUCUGCUUCUGCUGCAACAGGAGUUGCAGGUUGGCUCCACUGGUCCAGUGUGAUUAUUGUCCACUUCUCUUCCACAUGGACUGUCUGGACCCCCCCCUCACAGCUUUUCCUGCUGGAAAAUGGAUGUGUCCAAAUCACGUUGAGCACCUUGUGCUGAAUCAGAGGAGCCUGAGUUUGUCCAGCCGCUGCCAGCUCUUCGACCAGUUCCAGGACAGGAUCUCCCAGCACGCCGUCAAGGUGGACUUCCUCCGCCGAGUCCACCGACGAAAUCCUCCAAAUCGUCGCACGUCUCAUCAGCACAACAAGAAAACCAUGAAGGUGCCAGAUGCCAUCAAGGCUCAGUACCAGAGUCCUCCCUCCAUGCUGCUUCCUGCAGGGGUGCGUCAGCUGGAGCUGAUCUGUGGCAGCGUUCCUGACCAUCAGCCGUCUGGACGCCUCACCACCGAGGCCGAGCAGGAGGAGUGGCUUCAGGACGUCAUCUCGCUCCAGUGCAGCAUCGUGCGACACCUGUCCGUCAAACAGAAGGCGGGCUCUGCAGAGUCCUCGGCAGCGCUGGACAGCAAGAAGACGAGCGUCUCAUCAGAGGGCAUGAAGAUUCAAGCCUCUUUAGAAAGGACUUCUUCUGAGCCCUGCUUUAAGCCUUGUGCUUUACCUUUAAACCCCCUGGGACCCUUGACUUCCAGAGACCCCCCAGCAGAGCUGGGUGUGUGUAAAUGCAGCCUGGAACCAUGUCAGAACUGUAGGAAACCCAAUGGACCACUGGCAGAGCUUCAGCCCACUGAAGCCAAUGGGCCCGUGGACUACAAGACGUCAGCUUCCUACAGGCAGGCCGAGCUGCAGCACAGACUGAAGCCUUGUUCAACCCCCCCAGACCCCGUUCCCACCCCAUAUCUGCCAAACCACAUAGGAACACAAACGGUUAAAAAGGAUCCUGAGAGCACAGCAGAGGACUGUGCUCAGAAAAACUGCCCCAUGGGCCCUACAAUAUGGCCCCCCAGGAGUCAGCAGAACCACAGGAGCCAGGCACAGCUCCAGGAGGAGCGCACGAGUAGAGAUGAAAAACCAACCAGUUUGACCAGCACUUCACCCUCAGGCACCCAGGUCCAGGAUCCAACGAAGCCGGAACUGUCCAUCCCAAGCACAGACCUGAAGGCCGGUCCUGCUCUGCUGCCCACUGGACUUUGUUCUGUCCCAAACCUGCUCACGUGCAUGAACAGUGCACGGGCGGACGGGGGGAUCGAGCUGGACCGGCUGGAUGCAGAUCUCAUUAAGCUGCUGGCCUAUCAGCGGAUCCAGCAGCUGUUCCCCCCCAAAGCCCCCAGCACUCCACCUCUACCAGCUCCCAGUGCUGCCUCAAAAAGUCUGCCCCCACAUUCUGACAGACAGAAGAAGGUGCAGGUCCGAGCGGUCUUCUACCCUCUAACAGGAAGGGGCGGGGCUGUCAGCAUGUGCUACAGGACGUUGUACAUCGGAUCUGGUGCCGACAUGGACGUGUGCCUUACCAACUACGGGCACUGCAACUACGUAUCGGGGAAGCACGCCUGUAUUUUCUACGAUGAGAACACCAAGCACUACGAGCUGCUGAACUACAGCGAGCACGGCACCACCGUGGACAACGUCCUCUACUCCUGUGACUUCUCAGAGAAAGCCUCGCCGUCUCCGCCCAGCGGCCUCGUGGCCAAGGUCCAAGGCAUUAUCCGUCGCAGUAAGAAGCGGGACGAGCGUGGAGGUCCUGCUCCUGUGGUGGGCUGUUUACCUGCUGGUGGAGUCAUGAGCAGCCAGUCUCAGGGGGGUGCGCUGCGCUCGUGCAGCUGUAAGGCGAGCAGCUCCAGACUGAUCGGGGGCACGGGGGCGGGCUGGGAGGGCACGGCCCUCCUCCAUCACGGCAGCUACAUCAAACUGGGCUGUCUCCAGUUUGUCUUCAGCGUCAGCGAGUUCGCCAGUGAGCGGCCCAAGGAGGAGCACGGCGUCCUGCCCCCCCUUGCCAGCUGCAGUGCAGCCUGCUUAGACCCCACCCCCACCUCCACACAACCCCCCAGCAGCCCCUCCAGCCAAGAUGAGGCCGAUGCUGACAGUGCCCCCGCCCACCAAGUGCCCGUCCUGCGCUCCAACUCUGUUCCAUAACCCUCACAGCACCCCACCCC